UAAUAAGCGCUAUAGUGCCCAAGACAAACAUUCGUUGAGCCUCCCGUUUUGUGCCGAGCGUAUGAAACAAGAUCCCGCAACUGGGAUUGUAUUCGCGCUCACUCGGAAAACUGCUCGCUUUUAUCGCCAUGAAGACACCCGACUGACGGUGCAUUAUAGGAAAUUGCCGUCACUGACAGAACUGUCGACAAACCUUUGCUCAAAGUUUCAUCGGUAAACGAAUCUCGUCCCCGGGAUCGGAUUCCUUCAAGAUGACAAGCCAGCAAGGCAAAGAACUCGAGGAUGACAUUGAGAAAGGCGAAACCGAUGCCAUGAUCAGCGACCUCGCCGGCGCUUCUUCCAAAAAGGAGAAACUGACCCGUUUUCCCGGAUUCCCGAUGACGAUCUUGGCGCCUCUACUGCUGAUUGCCUCCUUGAUUGCGGUGCUGGCUCCGACCUUUAUUCUGCUCGGUCAAGGAAGUACUACAGCGGUCGACCAACUCAGUACUGAAUAUCUAGAUGCAUUGAUGCAGAGGGUGUCCAUGAACAUCACGGGGUCUGUCAAAAACAUCUUUCCGCUAGUUGAGUACUUGACAUCAAUGCCCAGAGUAGCAGCUUCCUUUGCUCCCGGCCGUGAAAUUCAAGGUUUGGAGAACGAGCCUUGGGCUGGCGAUCUGAUUGGCAUGUACUUCAAGUACAACCUGGACACCAUUGGAUGCACGCAAACUUCCUGGAUUCCGCCGAAUGGUCCGGGCAGUCCCAUGAGUAAUGCAACUAUCCAUUGGACCCAGAUGUUCACCUAUCCUCAUCCAUUGCUUGGGAACAUCAUCUACAAGGGUGAUUGGUCACCAUCGGACGACGGAGGAAAAGUAGCUGUGUACAUGGUCAAUAAAAAGACCUUGUCAUUCAAUGCGAGCGCACCCGUGGUCCACGACUAUCUCCAUCAAGUAUCUCUGGCGAAUCGAAUGCAGCUAGGUGACUUGGAGGUGAUGAAUUCAACGUAUUGGAAUGCAUACGUCAGCGAGAAAGGGACCUACGUCGCCUGGGUGACCACGCCUCACUUUGUCGCUUCCAGUAACCUUCCCAACUACCACUGCAGCGCCGGAAUCCGCGUCGAUUCCACCUGGAACAGCAUUUUGCUCAACAACAAGCCCACGGAUGAUAGUGUGGUCGCUUUCUUCAAUCAAAACCUGCAAAUUGUAGCCAGCAGCAACAUGGUGGCGACGAAUACCACCGUCACUUCAAAGAACACUUUUACACUCCCCGACCCGGAUGCACUAACCAUCUCGCUGCGGAACAGACUCACUGAGGAUUUUGUUACGUUCGAAAAUGCCGCAACCCCGUUUCGAACAGUUCAGCAAUACCAAGAUGUGCAGCUCCCCGGUUAUGAUGGCCUCUGGAUUCUGGUCACUCAAAGAGUCAGCAUCAGCUCUUACAUAUCCCAGGAUGGACUGCUAGCUGUAGCGAUCCCACGUCGCAGGGUCUAUGGUACGAUCGAGGAUGCACGGAACAGAGCUCUUCGCACCUCCAUCGGCAUCGCAGUAGCCUUUGCUGUGUUAUCGAGCAUCGUGUUUGUGAUCAUUGUCAUGCCGCUUUUCAAGCUCGCUAAAGUGAUGCAGAGUCUUACGACUUUGAACUUUGCAAAAUUGGAAGAGUCAAAUGCUUUGGAGGAACGCAGCGUCAUCUGGGAAAUCCGACGUGUGCAGACUGUCUUUGCCACGAUGGUCAAGGCCUUUGCUGGAGGAUUGAAAAAGAACAAAGCUCUGGUCGCUGGGAGAGGCACAGGCACUGGGACGGGAAGCGGAAAAGAAAAGGUCGCCACUAUCAGAAAGAAGUAGGGAACAUCAGAACGGGGAGCCAUCGGACGUGUUCUUCACGAGAAAAAUGUUAGGACAAAAAUUGAUCAAUCAAUUGUGUCAGUCUGUUAUGUCAUUCAUCGGGUUAAAAGUUGGUUCUUGAUCUGAACCCACACAUAACCUGGACGUGAAUGCCCAUGCGAAUCCUUUUGAAUCGCUCGCCGAAUGGGGAACUUGGAUUUCACCAGCUCAAAACCGCGGGUUUGGUCUUUUGCAUUCUUGCCUUCCUCCAACUUUUGCGCCAAAUCUCUCUAGAUCUACAGCAGCGUUUCCUCCCAAUCCGACGUUCUUGUGAGUGCUGCUGGCAAAAUCUGCAAGGAGCUCUCAGGCCAGGCGCAGUUGAGAGAGCGACGCGAUGCUGUCAUUGUUGGGU